CUCUAUCUACAUAUUCAUCAUUCAGUGAAGUGAUAGCUGCGAGAUUAUCGUCUAACAGAACAGAUCAAAUCAGCAUCUCCUCGCCAAUGCCCACGUGAUAACAAAAAGGCCAAAGAAUGGCUCCAUCACCGAUGAAAACACCGGGGAAGGCAUCUGGUCCURAAAAGGUGUACCUCUUCAACUGYCCCUACRAAGAGAAAGCAAGUGCGAAAAAGGCCGGUGCAAAGUGGGAUGCAAGCGCGGGUUGUUGGUAUGUCCUUUCAUCGCAGAACCUCGAAGCAUUCAACAAGUGGCAUCCAAACGAAAACAAGUACUUGGUUUGUAGCUACGACGAAAAGGACGAUGCCAAGCGCGCAGGUGCCAAGUGGGAUGCAACAUGCAAACAAUGGUAUAUUGCUGCAAAUCAAGACGAAUCCAGAUUUGCACGGUGGUUGCCAUCCUCGGCCGGAAACCGUGCGACAAAAGCAACCAAGCUGAUAAAGGGCAAAAAGUCAGAGAUUAAAACGACCAAAACACCAACUAAACUAUCGACCAAAAGUCAGCUCGCUACCAUUCCCCGAAUCAAUGGUGACAUGACUGUGGCACAGCUUCAGACCGAGUGCAAAGCCCGAGAUCCGUCAAUCAAGGGUAUCACAACAAAGAGAAAAGAUUGGUUCCUGGAGCACUUGAAGGUUGGUACUCCAUGGAUAUCUGCAGAAGUCCCCUACCUAGAUUACGAGCCCGAAUCUCCUCCUCGAAAGCGAAACAAAAGCUAACCACUUCAGCUCUGAAGGCAUCAAAAUCAAACAGUGACACGAAAAAGAACAACUCGGCCGUUGCUAGAAUCAGUGCAGACAUGACAGUGGCACAGCUCCAAAUAGAGUGUCGCGCAAGAGACUCCGGCAUCAUCGGCAUUUCAAACAAGAACAAGAACUGGUUGUUGGAACAUUUGGACGUCGGAAGCAAGUGGAUCUCACAAGGUUGGAAAGAGAAGGACCUACAAAACCUUAUUUCUGCGAAUAAGAAAAAAGCGAGCUCUCAGACGAAACAACAGAGCAGCUCCAAGCACAAAGAUUCUGUCGAUUGCAGAGAUAUCGAGGGUAUGGCCAGGCAGACCAGCAGCAAAAACAAUUCAAAGAAACGUCUUGGAGACUUUCCCGUUAACAACAUUACUAUUCCCCAACAAGUUGGAAAGAAGGCAAAAAAAGAUUCAACAUCCGCCAAAAAGCCAUCGGUAAAGCUUGUCGCAGAGAGUGUGCCUGAUGCAUCAUUGCAAAGAAAGAGGCCGGCGAAGAAGGAACAAACUUCGUCAGCCAACAAAAAACAUAAGAUUAA